AUUUUGUUCUUUUACAACAAUGGCACUCACAACACAUACGAUUGCUCUUUGCUUCCAGAUCUUGGUUCAUCAUUUUGGGGAAUGGCUUUGGUGUUUGCAUCAACAAAUCUAACCACUGCAAGAAUUGCUGCUGGUUGUCUUGCUCUUGCAUUGUUUAUUGUGCUAUUUGUUGCAAAAAAUUGGACACUUCGAGGACUUUGUAUUGGAUUCAUCAUUUUCCUUGCUGUAGUUUGGAUUUUGCAAGAAAAAACAAGUGUCCGUAUUCUCCGCUAUGUCCUUCUUUUCAUUGGAGUAAUGAACAGCUUGUUUUCAGUUUAUGAUAUUUAUGAUGAUCUAAUAUCUCGAAGAGUCCACUCCAGUGAUGCUGAGAAGUUCGCGGAAGUUUGCCCUUGCCCUUGUAAUGGUGUUGGUUGGGGAGUCAUUUGGGGAAUGAUAUCAUUUGCAUUUCUUUGUGGAGCUAUGUAUCUUGGACUUGUUAUCUUAUCUUAAGGUUCUGAGGAUCGGGUUCGGUUUCUUCUUGAAAUCAUAUAGAUCAUCGUGCAUUACUUCUCCC